AUGGCUCAGGAAGUCGACUCUCGUGCGGCCGAUGCGGCAUGGCAGAACAGCAUCUUCGAGCACAACAGCUCUUUCUACGGCGAUGAUCUUACCACGUACACUGAACAGCGAAAAGUCAGGCUUCUGGAAAUCCAGCCCGCUGCCUUUGGAGAGCCUGUUUCUGGCGUCCUGACUACGGAGAUACUGGAGCCUGAUCUCGAGUACGAUGCCCUCUCGUACGCUUGGGGCGUACAAUCGUCCGUGUAUGAGAUCUCGAUCAAUGACAAGCCAGGCUUCCAAGUCGGUUACAACGUCCACUGUGCCCUCAAAAGGAUCCGAGAAAAGGAAAGGCCUGUCAAAUUCUGGAUCGAUUGCAUUUGUAUCAAUCAGUAUGACAUCCGAGAACGAGGUCAUCAAGUCAGCUUCAUGCGAGAGAUUUUCAGCUCCGCUUGGCAAGUGUGUUGCUGGCUUGGUGUCUGUACAAGCACGACUUUCGGUGUGGAUGAGUUGGAAGAGUGUGACGACCACGCCAUUACCGACCACUCCUCCUUUGACAAACAUUCUUUGUCUUCUGGUGGCGAUGAGUACCAAAGAUCGUUUGUCUUGCAUGUGGACAAGGAAUCGUAUCACUGGUGGGAUCGGAUAUGGACGGUAUGCACGUAGCAUCAAGAAUGCACUGCUCCGGCUAUAGCGUGUUAAUUGGUUCCGCAGUUACAAGAACUCUGCGUGGCGAGAAAUGUUGUCUUUCUCGUAGGACCUCACCGGUACAAUGAGCGGGCUUUUACCGACAUCCUUCGUGACCUGGAUUUCAACGUUUCGCUCAAUGAUCUUUUCGGGUUUACACGGAAACCCGAGUGGACACACAUUGUAGCCAUGCUGCAGUUCCGAAUGUCGGCAAGGCAAGAUUAUUUCUGGCAUCGUGACCCAGGCCUCCAAGAAGGAAAGAAUACUUUAUUGCAUCUACUCCUUCGGACCGUGCCUUGUCAAGCUACAGAUCCGCGAGACAAGCUUUACGCGCUAUUUCCGUUGUGCCAUCAUGAACCGGCGAUACCUCCAGAUUACGGGGUAUCUUGGAGCGAUCUCUGCACGCAAGCAACUUUCUGGCUGCUGAAGGAGUCAGGCCUCGACCAGUUGAUAAUACGACAGUGGCCUUUGUACAAAAAGAAUGCGCCAUCAUGGACGUUAGACUUCUCAGUGCCCCAAUCGAGCCCUGUAUACUUGCUUCAUGAAGAUGAGAGGUAUUGGGUAUGGGACUGGCAACAGAUCAGACCAACGGGUCUUCCUCGAGAAUCUGAGCUGGGUCUAGAUGGCUCUCGUCUCCGCAUCAUGGCAUCAUGUCUGGGCCACGUCGAGAUUCUAGCACCGAGCCGUGGCGAUCAUCCGGAAGGUAAUUCACCGCCCCACGGCUCAAGCGCUGCAAGAGAUAGCUUGGCUAGGUCGAUCUACGCAGACUGGCGUGGCCAUGUCACUCAUCAUUCCACUCUAGAGGAGCUCUUUGCGAGGGUUUGUAGGAGAUCGAAGGAAAAAGGUAGUAAAGCAGGUGUCCCAGGGAGUAGUAAACCCCGUCAAGAAUUGCUUGACAAAUUGGAAGUAUGGCUGCGAUACUUAUUGCAGAAGAAGAUAUUAUUCCGAACCACCUCGGGCCAUAUUGGUGCGAGCCAAAGCGACGGAAUCCGAAAAGGAGACGAAGUACAUCUUGUGGACGGACUGAGAUUUCCGGUCAUAUUACGACCGACCGGGGAAAAGGAUUGUUAUCGUCUGAUUGGAGGCGCCUGCGUUCUGGGCGUGAUGCACGGCGAGAUGAGGGACUGCAUCUACGAAGAAAGGCACAAGAUGAGACAGAUCGCUUUGGUAUGA